UACGACAUACCGCAAAAUCUCCUCGGUUUGCACGGAGUGUAGGCCUAAAGUACUUUAACCCGCGUUUUAAUUUGAAAACUUCUUUGAAUUUCUUUGUGCGAAUUUUUAUUUAAAGUCAUUGCACUUGGAGUUUUUAUACACAGAUUUUUUCAGGUACAAAGCGCGGCGUUUUUGACGCUUUUACUACAUAGUUUAUUAAGCUUACAAGUUAGAAAGAAACGCUCACAGCCGCAUUAAGCUCGUGUUAACAGACAACUUAUGAUCUUAUCAUUUUGGAAUUAACUCUCAGCUGGAAUCUUCUGGUUUGAAAUCAACACAUAACGGAUAACGCUCGUGGAAAAUAUACACGUGAAAAGCACGAUGGAAAUUAUAAAAAGUAUCUUCGUUUUAGUAACAUUUUGCGCGUGUUGCGUUCUUGCACAGGGGGAUAAGUAUGAAGUUAAACACUUUACUGGCUGCCAGUCUGCCGGAUUAUGCUGCGAACAAGUUAAUAACACAUGCUAUGUACCAAAUUCGAGGAAAAUUGACAACACGGUUGGAAAUUGUUUCUGCGAUAGCAAAUGCUUGCAAAUGAAAGACUGCUGUAUGGAUUUUGAAACAAAUUGUAAAGCGCGAGACUGUCUAAUGGGUGAGUGGAGUGAAUGGUCACAGUGCUCAAAUUCUUGUGGCCGGGGUCGUAAACACAGGAAACGUGCCAUAACUCAGGAGCGCGCUUUUGGUGGAAAAAGAUGCCCAACUGCCACGAAAUCAAAAAAAGCUUGUUACGGAGAAUAUGGAUGUCUACAACAGAGCGUCGAAUAUUCUAGGGAAGAAAUGGCAGAGGUUGGGUACAUUAUGCCAGCAAAUUUCUCCAUCUACCGCGUUAGUAAGAACUACAGUCCACAACAUGAUAUAAGAAAGAAUCUCUUCUUCAAAAACUUCCAGGAUAAUAUUAUUCCAAGAAAACCAGCGUACAGUGCUGUGUACAAAGUGACACAUGUUGGCCGAGCCUGCCAGAGAUCUUCCUGGGCAAAUGUUCUACAGAAGGGGGCUGAGGUGUGUGUAGAAUGUCAACCUACCUCGAUGAACAAGAGGCUGGAGCGCUGCACAGGACAUGGUGUGUUCCAUGAGGAGACCACAUGGAAAGCUAUUGCUGUGAGAAACUGUCAUGGAAAAUGGAAGAUGAUUACCCAUCAUGACUCUAAAACAUGCAACCAUCAUGGAGAUCAUGACUUUGUCCUAGUAUAAUCAUUGUUAUCAGGGAGCUUGAUAAAACUUAAAGGAAAGCUGCUAUGAGACUCAGAGUUGGCAAGCAUUUUGUAAUUGUCACUGAAUGAGCUUCUGCCAGACACUGAAUUUCAAGAUGUAAAUGUAGGAAACUUUCUCAGACAGCAAAUUAUGUAAAGUGUGUUUGAUUAUACAGUAAUGAUCAGCACAUGAAGCUUGUUUUCAUGCAAAUGUCAUUCUUACCUGUAUAAUUAUAGACUCAAGAAUAGGUUUUGAGUUUAGUUAGACUGAAAAAGUGUACUUUGCUUUCUCAUCCAGUGGCUUCUGGCAUUUACUUUGUAAGAUUCAUUGGCAAAGCGUAGUGUUUAGCAGGAACAAUAUUGAUGCCAAAUCCUUUAAGUCAGUAUUUUUCUUUUUAUGUAUACUGUUCUAUGUGUACUAUUAAUGAAUGUCUUUACAUACCUGCUCUUAAAGAUAUUUAACAAUUUGGUUCAGAACAUUUUGAAUAUUUUGCAGUAUUGUAUAGCACAAACAUUUAUUUAGUAGAUUUUUGAGUCAGUUUAAAUGAGAAAAUUGCGAAAUUUAUAUACAGCUAUCAAUCGGACACAGAUUUUUAUACAUUUCAUUUGUUAAGACUAUGAUAUGUCAUAAUAAAAAAAGUCUUUGUUCUUUUAGAUGUAUGACUAUUUAAUUAUUGUUAUCAUGUAGAUAUAUUAUUUGUAGUUUUUUAAAUGUUAAAACAUCCAUUUUAAAUUCAUAGGAAUUGUGCUCCAAAUUGGACUAAAUCAGUUUGCUUACCAGUUGAUGCAUGCGUUUAUGUGUGUAGCUGAUUGUAAAAACAUGAUGUUCAAAAAUGUCUUUAUUACCAUCUCUGUAAGUAGUCACCUAUGUAUGUUACUUAUUGAAUCACUAAAAGUUCAUGCUGGACAUUCAAUUUUACUUCCCUUCAGAAACAUAAUUAUUUAUAUAUAUUUCCUAAGUAGCAUUUUUUAUCCUUUGGAGAAAAUGAUGGAGUGUAACAUUUUGUAUUUCAUUAAUUGUUUUAACAUUUCAUCCAUCCAGUAUGUUAUUUAAGGCCAGUAGCAUUCAUAUUCUAUGUAAAGUACAACAAUUCUUACCUGUUAGAGAGAUGUUUCCAGCUAUUUACAUUAUUAAUGCAGAACACCAAGUUAAGUUUUUGUAUCAUUUAGCAGAAAAAUUACAUAUGCAAUGAUGUGAAUGUAUUACAAAAGUAAUCCCCAAAUAUAAUAGUGAUAUAUUAAUCACGUUACAGUGAGAGACUACAGUGCAGAAGUAUGGGGUUUUGUAAAAAUGCAUUAUUUUCUGUUAUGAUUUUAAUUGUCUGUAGACAGUUAUGUUUAUUAGAGAAACAAGUUUACUUUUGCACAAGAGAAAAACAAGAACCUGACUGGUUUGCCACUUUGUUCCUUAUAUGUCUUCCUUUUUUCUGUCAGACUGGGCAUGAUUACUGCAUUUAACUGUAGCAUCUUGGGUCAUACCCGCAUUUGAUUUUCUGGACCAAAAGGAGAAACAAAUGAUGAGUGUCAGUUGGUUUUGAGGAGUGUAAGUUAUUUCUUAAAUGAUGAAGUAUAAUGGGGAAAAUUGAUCAUGCCAGAAUAUGAGUUCAAGUAAUUUGUUUCUAUAACAGCAAAGAGUCUUCAAAACCUUGGAAGAACGUUGCCAAUAUACAAUACAAAUAACUUAGAUAUACAAAACAAAACAACAUUCAAUUUUCAUUUUCUGGAUAGUAAGAAAAGGUUAGACAAAAAAUAAAAGAGAAAUCACCCUCAUACAGGUUCUCUUAAUAUAUGCUCUUGUAUAAGUCAUUUAAAUAUCAGGAUCAUUUUGUAAAUAUUUUCACUUUCUUCAUAGUCUGAAGCUGUGCUCUUCUUUUGUUUAAGAAUAUAUAUAAUACACUUUUACUAACUUUAAUCACAAAUCAUCCUGCUGAAUGUCAUCAAAACUUCAAAAAGUCUUCCAUUCUUAUAUUAUAAAUGCUAAGAAAAGUUGUAAUAAUUUCUUAAAACAUAAAUUUAAAUUUGAAAUGUGGAAGUACAAAUCACAAGGAUGCCUCUAUUUAAACUUGCUGAUGUCCUGCAAAUUGGUUAUACAAUCAAAAAGACACCGUCAAAUUGUAUGGUUGUACAAUCCAAAACACAUUGUCUUUAAUCAGCAUUGACUUUUUGAAUGGUUAUACAAUAAGAAAGACACUGUCAAAUCAAUGCGGACUUUUUGUAUGGUAAUACAAUCAAAAUGACACUGUCAAAUCAGUGAGGACUUCUUCUAUGGUUAUACAAUCAAAAAGACAACAGCAAAUCAGUUCAGACUUUUUGUGUGGUUAUACAAUAAAAAAGACACUUACAAAUAAAUGUGGCCUUUUUGUAUGCGUUAAACAAUAAAAAGACACCUACAAAUAAAUGUGGACUUUUUCAUAUUGUUAUACUACCGAAACACAUUACUUAAAUCGUUUUUUCUUUACAGAAAACAUUACUUGAGAUAGUGAGAUUUAUAUUUGAUUGGUAUUUUAUAUAUAUUUUAAUCAAGUUUUGUAGAUGAAUUUGGAAUAUUAUAUAUGACUCAAUAUGCCAAAUAGAUAUAAUGUUAUAUCAUACCAUUACAACUAGCUGUCUUUUCUGUACAUAAUUUUUGUAAAUACUUUAUGCAACAUUUUAUACUGAAGAGAAUGUUACAUUGAAUAAGUAUUUUUUGUUUUGUUUUUGUACAUAUAUAUGUGGCAUGUCAAACCUCAGCUUAUAUAUUGGUACCUUAUAUUUUACAGCUUUACAUUUUUAUAGUAUUUUGUAUGAAAACCAGUUCUGAAAAAAAAGGCUAAAAGAUAAGUUACACAUUUUCUUGCAAGUGCAACUUGAGCUAUUUAUAUGAAAAUAGUGUAAAGGCAAAAUGAAUACUUGAUACUUAUUUUAUAUAUAGAAGAAAUGCAAUGCAACUUUUUUAUCCUUGGGAAAAUUUUAAAAGCCAGUUUCAAUUUUUUUAUGCAUGUGAAUUGUAUGCUAUAUAUAGACAUAUUUAAAGUAUCUCUAGUAUCUAAAUUUAGCUGUACAGUUCUAAGUGUCCAUGUUUUAAAUAAAAUAUAAUUACACCUUCA